UACAGUUUGGGCGUGGAACUGAAACAGGGAAACAGGAAGAUUGUUCAAGUGGCCAUUCGGUUUACUUGAGUUAAAGUUUCCAGAUCUUGUUCACACACCUUGGAUUCUGCUAACGUCACAAGGAAAAUGAGCUCGGCGCAAUAUAAUCAGGGGUUUAAAGGUCAACACGAGCAUGUCACUUUUCUGACAAAUCAAGAGAAGGUCACAUCCAAGAGGAAGAUAGCUGUGGUGUUGGGAGUCAUCCUCACACUGCUGGUUAUUGCCGCUGUUGUAGGGGUGUUACUAUGGAUUUUCAUUGGUAAGCAUGAUUCUGAGGAAAAUGCCACCUUAAGCCAGAAGCGGAAACCAGUGGCGAGGGUCUUCAGUGGUCACAUGCAGUUGUCUGGAAUUCAAUAUAUGGAUACUCUAGAAGAUCCCGCCAGCAGAGAAUUUGAAAUUAGGGCUGACACCUUGGAAGAAACUUUGAAGAAAACAUACAUGAAAGACCCAAUCCUUGCAAAGUUCUUCACAAAGUCAACCAUUACAGCCUUCAGCGAAGGUAUUAAGGCUUAUCACUGGGUCCAGUUUGAUAUUCCCGCUGAAGACCUGGAGAUUCUUCCUGAAGUGUCAGAGGAGCGUAUGAUGGAAAUACUGCGUUCAAACAUCCGUCAGCAAGGCAAACAAAGCCAGAAGAAGUUAACUGUUACAGAUAUCACAGUGUCAUUCACAGACCCUAGGAUGGCUAGGAACCCCAGAGCAAAGGAGUGCUUCUUCCGCCUUGAAGCUGACUAUUCUGUGAAGAAAUUCCAGUCGCCAGGGUUUCCACAGAAGUACCCACCCCAUGCACGCUGUCAGUGGCAGAUUCGAGGACCCAAAGAUACUGCUAUUUCUGUAAAAUUCCCAUUUUUCCAUGUGGAGGAUGACUGUACCAAUGACUUUGUGUUCAUUUAUGACUCACUCAGCCCAGAUGACUCCCAAGCCAUCACCAAACAGUGUGGCAAGCGACCUCCCACUAACCAGCUACAAGUGGUUUCCUCAAGCAACAUUAUACUGAUCAACUUCAUCACUGACAGCAGUAUGCAGUGGCCAGGUUUCCAAGGAGAGUUCUCUGUCAUUCCCAUCACCACAAGCAAAACAUGUGGAGGAACUUUUACCAACACCAGUGGUAGCUUCACCUCACCUCACUUUCCCAGUUUUUAUCCGCCAGACAUAGACUGCAAAUGGACCAUUUCGGUGCCUAAAAGAAUGAAGGUGCGUUUGACAUUCACAAUGUUCCGUAUGAAAGAGCCAGGAGUGGACAUUCGAGUCUGUCACAAAGACUAUGUGGAGGUCUUGGGCAAAAAAUAUUGUGGAGAGCGGUCUACGUUGUCACUCACAAGCACGUCAGAUGAAGUGGAAGUUUCCUUUCAUUCCGAUGAGUCUUACACAGACAAAGGAUUUCAAGCAGAGUUCAAUGCUUAUGACCCUGGCAACCCAUGCCCUGAACAGUUUGCUUGUUCUUCCGGAAUUUGCAUUGAUAAAGAUCUGGAAUGUGAUGGUUGGAAUGAUUGUGGAGAUAUGAGUGAUGAACGAAAAUGCCGAUGUGAAAAGGAUCAAUUUGCCUGUUCCAAUGGAAUGUGCAAGCCGAAAUACUGGGUAUGCGACAGGGUCAAUGACUGUGGAGACAAUAGUGAUGAGUUGCAAUGCAGCUGUGGUGAGGACGAGGUACGAUGUGGUGAUGGUACCUGCAUUCAGCAGAGUGGCGUUUGUGAUGGCAAGAAAGACUGUAAAGACAGCAGUGAUGAAGCAUCCUGUAAAGAAUCCUCAGGGAUUUGCACAGACUUCACUUUCAAGUGUCAAGAUGGCACCUGUGUGAACAAGAUAAAUGCUGAGUGUGACCACGACAGUGACUGCACCGAUGGAUCUGAUGAGCAGGGAUGCGACUGCGGAGUCCGGCCAUACAAACAUAACCGCAUUGUGGGUGGGCAAGAUGCAGAUAUUGGAGAGUGGCCUUGGCAGGUUAGCUUACACUUCAGGACAAAUGGGCAUGUGUGUGGAGCCUCCAUAAUAUCAAACAAGUGGCUACUGUCUGCUGCCCACUGCUUCCCUGACAGCAACCAGUACAAUGUUGCAGGAAAUUGGCUGACAUAUAGUGGUCUUCGGGAUCAGUUCAAGGUCACUGAUGAGGAUGUGCAACUGCGUAAAGUGAAGACCAUCAUUCCACACUCUGGCUACAAUCCUAUGACAUAUGAUUAUGAUAUUGCUCUGCUAGAACUAGAGGAGGAGCUGGAAUUUACUAACCUGAUCCACCCUAUCUGCCUGCCUGCCAAAUCACAUGUUUUCUCAGCGGGUACACCUUGCUGGGUUACAGGCUGGGGAGCCUUACGAGAAGGAGGACGCCUUGCCAAAGUACUGCAAAAAGCAGAGGUCAAGAUAAUUAAUGACACAGUGUGUAAUGUAGUGACAGAGGGCCAGGUCACCUCAAGAAUGAUGUGCAGUGGAUUUCUCAGAGGAGGGGUGGAUGCCUGCCAGGGAGACUCAGGUGGCCCCUUGGUGUGUCAGUCAGAGGCUGGGAAGUGGUUCCAAUCAGGCGUUGUGAGUUGGGGUGAAGGUUGUGCCCGUCGCAAUAAGCCUGGUGUGUAUUCUCGUGUAACUAAACUGCGGGACUGGAUCCAUGAAAAUACAGGUAUUUAGUGCAGAGGUGCUUGGGUUGGAGGUCACAUAUGGGUCAUUCCAUAUAGAUUUGGGGAAAAAAGAGCAAAAUGACGUUCAGGGUACUACUGUAUGUUUUUGUAUGUUUGCACAAGCUUGGAAUAAUACUUUUUAAAGACAUUCAUGUCUAAACAUGGCCUCCGAGGUAAGGUAUUUUUGAUGUAAAAAUAUGUAAAAAAAAAAAAAGCUGACAAAAACAAUCGAACCUAAAACAUCAUGUAGACAAACUCAGACAAUAUGCAAAAUUUCAGACAAUGCAGCAACUAUUUUCUUGAUUCGGUCUGAUUUUACAUACAUGUAGAAUGGCUUUGGAUUAGGCUUUCAUUAAAAACUCUGGUGAUGGAAUGUUUGUAAAAGACAAUGUUACAAUCACAUUGACAUUCUGCUUCGGCAGUAUGAUGUAAUGUUGCCACUGUCCUCAAAUUGCGGAUUUCUUUCAUUUUUAAAUGUUAUUUCAACCCAAUAUUUCUUACAACAGUUACCCUCUGUUACCAGUGUGGACUAUUCUUCUGUACAAAAUUGUAGGAUAGCUUAUGUCGUGUGUCUGUUGUGAAGUACUCUCAUGGAGGUUAUCAUUCCCUUUGGAAGUAUAAGUGAAUUGUUAACCUGAUAUCUUAAGUUGAAAUAGUGUGAUACAGAAUUCAAUUUAUCUAACUGAAAAGAUAAAACAAAGUUCAAUUAGGAAGGCAAAUGAUGACAAAGCAUCUGUAAAGAUUGUUGCCACCCUUUCUGUGUUAUCAACCUUAACAAGAAUAAUGAAGUUAUCAAUCUGAUUAGUGUUACCAACUUUCUUGUUAUGUUUCCAAAUGUAUGUUGUUCUUACAAGCUGUGUCUUUGUUUGUUGUUUGCUUUUAAAUGUGCAGUACCCACCAUGAACAUAUCUGGUAUUGAUAACACCCAGUAUGUUGACUUGAACCCGAUCGAAACCGGACUUUUUAAAUGCAUGUAAAUAAGUCUAAUUGAAGUUCUUAGUCAAACUUAAACAUUCAGAUAAUGCGAUAGAACUAAGGUUGAAGUACUCAUGCAUGUAUACAAUCAAUUGAACUUUCUUUCAUACAUGAAUUUAUAUCCCCCAGAAUGUCCAUCAAAAAUGUUAACUUUAACUAUGCUACACUGAUGAUGCAAAGUCUGCUAGUUUGCAAGCUAACAAAGCUAAUUUGGAAUGUUUUGAGGUUUGUGGACAAGGAGGGCAAAUCGCCUCCUAGUACAGCAGAGUAAGUCAUGCAUACUUUGGUCAAUAAAGCGAUUCCCCCUCUGUGCAAGUAGCCUAUACUCAGAGAAAGACAGUUACUGUAGUUCAGUCAAAUCACCUAGCCGAGCUAUAACUGUAGCAUGUGCAUGUAAACAUACUGACUGUAAGUGGUUUCUCAGUGUUUCUUCAAAAUAUUGCUACUCUGCUUAUUUAGAUCAUGUCAUUGUUUGAGGCAGUAUAUCGAUCUAGUUACAAGUAGCGUUGUAAUAUUUUAUAUAAAAUCAUGCUGGUUGUGUGCCUGCUUAUCAAACCUGCAUAACAGUAGGCUAUCAUGUUGAAUAAAAAAACUGCAUUUCAUGUAACCCAAAUUAAAACUGUUAUUGGAAGAAA